AUGCCUGUUGGGAUGUUUAUGAUUUGCUACGGACCGAGGAGCAACGCCACCAGUUCACUGAUCACCCAGCAUGAUCAGAAUAUCAAGAAGCUUGGCUCAAGCAUUUUUUGGAUUGGAGAAGGGACUGGAUUCGCAAGACAGAACGAUAAGAGGAUCUGCCGUCAAGAUACCUUGGCAAAAGUCAUGUGGUCGAACAAGGAUAUUGUAGGAGUACUGGAUCCAGGAUCCGAAAUGCUACGCGAAGUGCAAAAGGGCUUCCAUAUCAUCCUCCGGCUAAGGAAGGAUGAAAGAACCGAGAUCUCUAUCACGUGCUUCUUUGAAGAAGCUCCCGUGACUGCGAUUGGAGAGGUUGUGCCGCUGCACUCCGCAGAGAUCAAGGGCUAUAGUUGCGAUGGCAUUCAUGCAAAUCAUACGGACAUGACGAAGUUUCCAAACCGAAAAGAUCGCGGGUACGACGCGAUUCUAGGUGAACUUCUGCGCUGGAAGAAGACAGCCCAUAGAGUGACUAUGAUUGAGCCUCAUUCAGCAAGGUACUGGGGAAUUUUCUGGCUUGAUGGGAGGAGUGUCACAACAGCCGAGCAGGGGAUCAUCGAUAUCGGGCGCCAGUGCGGUAUAGCAGAAUCCAAUAGCACAAGUGUGAAAUCAUGGCUAGCCUGCAAGAUUCAGCGGUGGCUUCUGAUCAUCGACAAUGCCGACAACACGGACAUCGAUUACUCGAAAUACAUGUUAUUCAGCAAGAGAGGCGAUAUUCUACUCACUACACGCAACUCAGAGUGUGCUGCAUACGAGACUGUGGGAAGCAAACUAUUCGACUGCUGUGAGCCUGAGCUUGCUCGGGAACUUUUAUCCAAGGUUACUUACAUACCAGAGAGUCGGUGGAAGGAGAAAGAGAAAGCUGCUGUGACCGUCAUCCAAAACUCUGGCUCGCAUACGCUGGCAAUAGUCCAAGCUGGCGCGUUUGUCAGGAAAGAUUUAUGUUCUCUCGAAGAGCACCCAAUCAUCUUCCAAAAGCAGAACGAACAGCUUCUAAGGUUUCACUCGGAAGCAAACACCCUGCAGCUGGAGUACCUCACCUGCAAGGAAUUCUGGCUGAAGGAAGACACAUCGGAGGACAUUAGGGAGAAAUUCUCGGAUUGA